AUGGUACUAUCCCGCUCUAUAUGUCGUCAAUUGCAGCGUCCUGCUGCCUCCUUGUUCUCACCCCGUCCACUGCGGGCUACAGGCCUGCGGCAGACGCCUAUCUAUUCUGGAAUUCGUACGCUGACAGCUACUGCUACCCGACAGGGUAAAGUUUUGCUAGUUCUUUAUGAUGGUGGAGAGCACUCCAAGGACCAGCCCGGCCUUCUAGGAACCACCGAGAACGAACUCGGUAUUCGUAAGUGGCUCGAGGACCAGGGCCAUACUCUGGUGACCACUUCCGACAAGGAGGGUGAAAACUCCAAAUUUGACCAGGAGUUGGUCGACGCCGAAGUCAUCAUCACCACUCCACUCCAGCUAAUUAAGACCAGCUUCCACCCUGGCUACCUCACUGCUGAGCGUCUCGCCAAGGCCAAGAACCUGAAGAUCGCCAUCACUGCAGGUAUCGGUUCCGAUCACGUUGAUCUUAACGCUGCCAACAAGACCAAUGGCGGUAUCACCGUUGCCGAAGUCACCGGCUCCAACGUCGUCUCUGUCGCCGAGCACGUCGUGAUGACCAUCCUCACCCUCGUCCGCAACUUUGUCCCUGCCCACGACCAAAUCCGUAACGGCGACUGGAACGUUGCUGCCGUCGCCAAGAACGAGUUCGACUUGGAAGGCAAGGUUGUCGGUACUGUCGCUGUUGGCCGUAUCGGCGAGCGUGUCCUGCGUCGUCUCAAGCCAUUCGACUGCAAGGAGCUCCUCUACUACGACUACCAACCCCUUAAGCCCGAAGUUGAGAAGGAGAUUGGUGCCCGCCGUGUCGACACCCUUGAGGAGUUGGUCUCCCAAUGUGAUGUUGUCACCAUCAACUGCCCUCUCCACGAGAAGACCCGUGGCCUGUUCAACAAAGAACUCAUUUCCAAGAUGAAGAAGGGCUCAUGGCUCGUUAACACUGCCCGUGGCGCCAUUGUUGUCAAGGAAGACGUUGCCGAGGCGCUCAAGAGCGGCCACCUGCGCGGCUACGGUGGUGAUGUCUGGUUCCCUCAGCCUGCUCCCAAGGACCACCCUCUGCGUUAUGCCGAGCACCCAUGGGGUGGCGGUAACGCCAUGGUUCCUCACAUGUCUGGAACAUCCAUCGAUGCCCAGGUGCGUUAUGCCAAUGGUGUCAAGAAUAUUCUUGACAGCUAUUUCUCUGGUCGCCACGACUACCGUCCCGAGGAUUUGAUCGUCUACAAGGGCGACUAUGCUACCAAGGCUUAUGGUCAGCGCAAGUAA